UGGAUCUAAUAUCACCUACCUGUCCUUGUCACUCUGAUAGUCAGCCGAGGUAGCCGCUGUUUACUGCCGGUGCUAGUAUGGCAACAUUCAAUGGCCUAUUUUAAAGCAUUUUCCAGUUUUAACAGAAAGAAGAUUUUAUCUCAACCGCAAGAGGGACUGUUCUGGUGCGCGUUUUUUUGGAGAAGUGAACACAUUCUGCAGACGGACUUUCCGCGUAUUCUUGCUGUAUUAAAGGGACUUACUCUGCUUUUGACAGCCAGUUUUGCGAUCUUCCGCCGAUGAACUCUAUGAGGGAUCCUUUAAACAUAGACCAUCACCAACUCACAGGGAAUAAACUUGCCUCCACGCACCACACGGCUCUGGCGAUGGCCUCUACUUUACAGCCGCUGCAGCGGUCUGUGGACUCUAAACACCGGUUAGAGGUGCAGACAGUGUCGGACACGUCCAGUCCGGAGUCUGUCGGUAAGAACCGCUUGGGGGGGGCAGAUGUUUGCAGCAAGGCGCCGCAGAUGUCAUCUCGAUAUCAAACAAAAGAAAAAGAAAAGAACCAAAAUAAAAACGACGACUCUUCAGAUGACCCUUCGAAAAAGAAGCGGCAGCGGCGGCAGAGGACUCACUUCACCAGCCAGCAGCUGCAGGAGCUCGAGGCCACUUUCCAGCGGAAUCGCUACCCGGACAUGAGCACGAGGGAGGAGAUAGCCGUGUGGACCAACCUCACAGAGGCCCGGGUCAGGGUUUGGUUCAAGAACCGGCGAGCCAAGUGGAGGAAACGGGAAAGAAACCAACAAGCCGAGCUCUGCAAAAACGGCUUCGGCCCGCAGUUCAAUGGACUCAUGCAGCCCUACGAAGACAUGUACCCGAGCUACACGUACAACAACUGGGCCGCCAAGGGUCUCACGUCGGCGUCUUUAUCUACCAAAAGCUUCCCCUUCUUCAACUCCAUGAAUGUCAACCCCUUAUCCUCGCAGACCAUGUUCUCGCCGCCAAACUCCAUAUCCUCCAUGACUUCCAGCAUGGUGCCAUCGUCGGUGACCGGGGUGCCGGGCUCCAGCCUCAACAGCCUGAAUAACUUGAACAACCUCAGUAACCCGUCCCUCAACUCGGGGGUGCCCACCUCGGCGUGCCCCUACGCACCUCCGACCCCCCCUUAUGUGUACAGGGACACUUGUAACUCCAGCCUGGCCAGCCUGAGACUGAAAGCCAAGCAGCACUCGAGUUUUGGAUACGCCAGUGUGCAGAAUCCGGCCGCUAAUCUGAGCGCUUGCCAGUACGCCGUGGACAGACCAGUCUAAUACCUACCUGCACUGCAAAAAAAGACCCCCUUAGCAAGUCAUUAUAGGUGUAGUGACGCUUAAAGUGUUGUUUUUCUCUAAAGGGAGUCUGGCAGUGAGAUAAUUGUACUUUUUUCACGUGUUUCAGGAAAUUUCUUGAUUUUUUCUUGUCGGAUUGUGACUUGCAUUAUUCUCACUUUUUCCAUCAAGAUGUUGCCACUUGUUUCUUGAACAUCCCCACACCUCUUAAAGAAACAAGUGAGGUUAUUCCAUCCGUUUAUGUUUUGGGGAAAGCAUUUGAUUUUGAGGGUGAUUACAAGACCUAUUUGUUUGUAAUGGUGGUCAUUUUUUGCAGUGUGUGGGUAAUCACAAACAGGCGGCCACAGGAACAAGAGACUACUACAACUACUUUUUCAUUUUUCAAAAAAGGGCACUAGAAGACUGAACCACUGAAACGAGUUAAACUCCAGGUCGGAGUCAAAACUGAAACGGGAGAUUUUAGGUUUAAUCCCCUUUGAUGAGUCCAGGCCUGCUUCAAACUGCACCACAGUAAACAUACGGCCUGUCUUAUUCUUCAUAGCUCGUCAUGAGCGUUUUUUUUCUGGUGGAUUUUGGACGUUUAUUGUUGACUGAAAAGGUUGUAUAUAUAUUUGAAUUAUCAUCUCCUGUUUGUCGAGGCGAAUGCGCUAUAACCCUCCAGUCCUCUCCAGGUUCAAUUUAUCAACGCAUGUGGAAAAAAAACACCUAAAAAGGAAUUAUGUUUUGCUUGCAAACAAAAAGGGAAUGUACAUACUAAAACGCACCAGUUGUGUGUUUCUAACAUAUUAUAAAUUUAUUAUUAAUGUCUGUGUGAAUAUCGACUUAGAAUAGCAAUUCUGGAUUUAAAAAAAAAAGAAGCAUCAAAAAUGUUCCUGCGACAAAUUAUUUGGUUUUUUGCUCUGUGUAUACUAUUUGGUACGGAAUUAUGUUUUUGUUUUUUUUUCAACAUCCAAAAAAACUAUUGUGUUUUAUUUAAUGGAAGUAAAUAUAUUGUUCAAAAAC